UACAAAUACAUCUUUAUUAGAUGAUAAAUGCCCAUUUCAUAACACCGAAAUUGUCAAGUUUUUCUGUUCUAGACACAAAGAACUAGGAUGUCAUGAUUGUAUGGUUCUUAAGCAUAGAACAUGUGAUCUUGAUUAUAUCCCCGACACGUGUAAAGGUAUAGCUGACAGUAAAGAGUACGAUGACACGUUAAAAAUGCUGGAGUUAAAGUUACAAGCAGCAGAGAAUUUGGAAAGAGAAAUUUCUGACAAAACUACGGAAGCAGAUGGUUGUUUAACUCAAGCGCUUAAAGAUAUUGACGACUUUGAGUACCGAAUCAUCAAUCGUAUAAAAGAUAUGAAAACUAAAGUUGUUGAAAAUGCAAAACAAAUAAAAGAAUCAAACAAAAGAGCAUUAAAGACAGCGCAUGAAGAAUGCAGUAAAGUUUCGUCAGAAAUGAAACAACUUCAAGCUGGUCUAAAAGACAACAAGACUUCCGGGAAGGAAAGGGAACUAUUCAUAGCUGUAAAGAAAGCUAAAUCUCUAGCCAAUGAUGAAAAGAGCACUAAAGUUUUAACAGAAAUAAGAAAACUUAAAACAACAUACACCUUCAAACGGAACGAAGAUAUAGAAAAUGUAUUAUUUAAGAAAACUUUAUUGGGAACAUUAGAGACAAAGACUCGUUCUUUAAGCUCCUUGCAGCAUUUAAGGGACAUUAAAAUAAGAACUUUAUCAGAUGAAGAGAAAUGCUCUAUUGUAGGAUGCUCAUUUAUUCAACCAAAUAAAGUUUUACUAGCAGAUGAAUUUAACAACAAACUUAAACUGUUUGAUAUCAACAAUGACCGUUUGAUAAAAGAAAGACAGGAACCGGGAGGCCCACGUGGCGUUUGUCUUAUGUCUCAAGAUGAAGUAGCUGUUGCGAUGAUAACAAUGAAAGCAGUUCAAAUUUUCAAGACUGAUAAUGACCUAUCUCUAGUUCGUACUGUUCAAUUUGAUAGACAAUGUUAUAAUGUCACAUAUAACCAAGGAAAGCUGUAUGUUGUUUGUUGGCAUCCACACAGUGUGUUAGUAUUAGAUCUUAAUGGUACAGUACAGACAGAAAUUCAACUGAAUACGGCUAACAUUCAGAUGACUGUUCCAUCUGGUAUUGCUGUAAGUUCAGACUCUAAAUAUGUGUAUGUAAGUGACUUUAGUAAUGGUAACAUUGUACGCCUCACAAAUAAUGGAAAUGUAUCAAGUAUUUACAAAGACGAGAAAAUCAAAUCACCUUCUGGGAUACUUCGUCUAGAGGAUGGAUCACUUCUUGUCUGCUGCUGUGUUAACAAUACAGUAUACAGAAUUUCUGAAGAUUUCAAGACAGGAUUUAGUGUUCUAGAUAAUAUAGAAUAUCCGGAAAGUAUAUGUAAAUAUGAUAAAGGUGAUAAAAUGUACAUCGGUUGUAAAAAUGACACACUGAAAGUGUGUGAAGUGGUUCAUCAGAAAUAA